AUGGAUUCCAAGCUAUACAACGAUCCUGCGGCUCUGGAGUUCCGGAUACAGCACUACAAGGCGCACGUGAAGAAACAGGCGACGCAGAUCGUGACUCUGGAGGGCAGGGUCGUCGACCUGGAGGGGAAGAUCGCGUAUCUGCAGGAAGCCCUGGCGCAGGAGAGGCAGAGGCAGCCGACUGUGUCACUAGUGACAACCUCACAAUCUCCUGGAGAACUUCAGGCGGCGUCGUCGGGGAGUAACGAGCCGCCGCAUGGUGCGCUGAAGCAAGGGGAUUCUCCUUUCAAGCCUCCCCCGACUGCAUACAGGGCGCGACCAUACACCCCUGCGCUAUCCCAUACGGGGAGUGCCGACGAUCCCUUCGUAUUGGACGGUGAAGACGACGUCAUUACCGCUCCACCUGUCGCGUCGAGUAGCUCUGCCGCUCAUGAGCCGGUGUCAUCACAGAAGCGCAAAGCGCGCCUUUCACCCGCACCCCUCCCAGAUUCCCUUUCGUCAUUAUCAGUAUGGCCUCCGUUUGAGAGCCCGCGGAAGAAGGUGAAGGUCUGGGUCCAGAUUCCCAAGACCGUCAAGCGCAUCUCGGAAGUCGCACGUGUAUCCGUGGCUCCCAAACAACCAGAGACCGCGGAGCAAUCCGGCGGGUCCGCCGUUGCACCCCCAGACUCCUGGGAAAGGUCCGUCUCACCCAUGUCAGACCUGACCACUCCGCCUGUGAGCCCUGCCCCAGUGGAGGUCACUCUCGAUGACGAGAACACUCUGUCGUCCGCCGAGUUCGGGUCGAAUCAGCGAUCCCGUUCGUUCUCGAGAGAAUUGUCCUACGCCGACGCUCUUGAUGCUUCGUCCGUCCCCGCUCGUGCGACUGCAGAGAAGGCGCCGCGUUUCGAUCAGGUCGCCGAAGAAAGACCACCUUCGAGCCACACCCAAGCUUCGGGUACAUUCGCCGUUCCUGGGUCUCACCACACUGGCAAUCCUGAGCCAAUUGACGUCCUCGACUCGUCAUCUGCGAGAUUGUCUUCUCCCGCGCCUGCGCGAGGAAAGGAGAGUCGUGGACGGGCGCUGCACAAGAGUGCACAUCCUCGUCGCCCGCCUUCUCCUGCCCCCAUUGCGUCAUCUAGUCGCGUUGGCCCGCAGCCUGCUGAAAAUGGAGUCCCGCGAAUCAGGGAUCGCGUGGAUCCCCUUCCGCGGUACCAGAUCCCCCACGUCGACCCUUCCUUGCUCGCGCUCAGAGUGUCUCGUACAGAAUUGAACAAGGGACACUGGAGCGUUCCGUCAAACAAACUAGCCGAGAAAAGCGGGAACAAAGCGAGUCCCCGCGAUUUUCUCUUUCCCACCCUCGACAAAAACCCGUUUCUGCCACAGUCCCCCGGGAAGCCUGGGCUCCUGUAUCGCGCUAAUGAUGCGUACAAGUGGAAAGGGGACGUACAAACUGUCCUUGUCCAGCGGGAAUCGGCCAAGCACGAGUACGUCGGGGAGUACAAGCUGACACGCGCGCCAUCACUCUCAGCGGCGGAGUACAGGACAUGGUCGCCCGGGGUGAAAAAUACGUGGGCGAGGGCCAUCUGCACUCAGGCGAAGUUCAGCGACAUACGGGCAAGGGUCACCCUGCGCGACCGCCUAAGCCGGAUGCCCACCUCACAAGAGCUCCAAAGCGAGAUCAAGGCUGCCAAGGGAAUAAACCCGCCCAAAACGCUAGAGGAAAAGCAGAAAGCUCGGGAGAAGAGAUUGAAAGAUAUGGAGAAGAUCAUCAAGGCGUAUGAGGACGGCAACGAGAUCAUAGCCGUAUGGAAUAUGGUUUGCGUCGGCUUCGACGCGCACGUCUUGAACACUAUCCGGAAUGACAAAGUGGCGAAGAAGAGUUGAAGUGAAGCACUCUCGUCACGACGGGCGUGCAUGGAAACGGGCGAUGGACCAUCUUUUCUCAUACGACUACUCUCUCUGUGGUAGUUUAUAGUCACACGUCCUGCAAUGUACAUAC